UCAUCUCAGUGCAUUGCGUUAAUCAUUAUGCAUUUUUAAAAAUAUAGUGCAACAUGUGGCCACCUCAAAAACAAAAGCCUUCUUGAAGCAAAUCAAAACAAAAGACGAUGCGCGUCCUUGAUCGAACUACUAUUUACAAAAUUAAGCAAAAUAGACCAAAAUACCUUCAGCGCGAUAACAGAAGAGAAUGGCAGAGAGAUCAAAAGAAUUAUGUUGGACAAACUCCUCAUAGAAGACAACCUCGCUGUUAUGGCGGUCAUGUCAUGCUGUAUGACGGUGCACCUUCGUCUAAUGAUCCUCCGAACAUUCAAAUUCAUGGCUACCAAGCUUCUCAUGGUCAUACAACACAAUCACAAAGGUAUCCUCAUUGCUCUGGCCGUACAGGCAUGCCUAGCCAAGCCGCGACUGCAUGUUUUCUUCCUGCAGACCAAAAUGACGCUUUCAUGCCGCAAUACGACCAAUACAACGAUCAGCAUCAUGGCCGACAAGUUUCUCAUGUCUAUUCAUCACAUCCAUCACAGGCAUUUGAACCUCGUUCAUUUGGUGGUACAGGCGUACUGUACGCGGGUAGAGCUUCAUCUCGUCCAGACCGACGUGACGCUGACUUGCCACGACACAACCCAAGAAAAUAUCACGGCAAAUCUCUUCGUACCCAUUCAUCAUAUCAAUCACAGGGGCUUUCUCGUUCCUCUGGUCCUGGAGCCAGCAUAUUGUAUCCAGGUGCGCCUUCCUCUGAUGUACCUUAGACCAUCGUGUGACUCCCGUUUGUCAAAAAGCACCGUAGGAAAAUUAUCAGUCCAAAAUCAACUUCAAAAUAUAUAGAUAUGAUCGAGUGUGUAGUUGGGCUGAACAGAAUAAAUGUGUAGCAACA